UGUUGAUAGAUGACGUCGUAGUGUUUGAUCUUCCUCUCUCAUCCCCUGCAUAAAUAUCUCUCAAUGCUUCCUUCUUCUUCUUCCAUGGCUUUUCUGUAUAUUAAUUAAUUAACUAUGAACUUCAUUUGAAUCCUUUCUAAAAUUCUAAUUCCAUGGCAUCCUCUCUUGAACUCUCAGCAUUGGAUCUUAUCAGUCACCACCUUCUCAACGAUUACCCAUUUGAUUUCACUCCCAUGGCAACUCAAUCUUCAUAUCAGUAUUUCUCCAACUACGAGCUUCAAUCUCUUCAUUUCCAAUCCAACCCACAAACAAAAACAACAACAACAACAACUAGUACUUCCAAACUCAUCUCUUUCAAUUCUACACCGGAAAAUGACGUCAUCCUUCCUCAACCACCACUUCCGGCGGUUUCUAGGGAAGGGAGGCAUUACAGAGGAGUGAGGAAGAGGCCGUGGGGGAAAUUUGCGGCGGAGAUUCGAGAUCCCAAUCGGAGAGGUUCACGAAUCUGGUUAGGGACCUACGAAUUGGCGAUCGAGGCGGCGAGGGCUUACGAUAAGGCGGCGUUCAAGCUCCGGGGGAGAAAAGCUAUUCUGAAUUUUCCUCUUGAAAUUGGGAAUGCUCUGGAAAAUGAUUCUGGGUUUUGUCGGAGGAAAAGGAGGAAGAUUAUUUCGCCGGCGCCGGAAUCUGAUGGCAAGGCGGCGGAAAUAAGCGGCGAGUUGUCAAGUCUGACACACGGUUGGGAAGAACAGGACGGUUUAUUUGAAAUUUAUCAGUUAUGUUCAUCACCUGUGUACAAUGGAUUCGUUUAACGGAAAAAAAAAAUGAUCGUUAAACUUUGAGUUGUAAUUCCAAUUUUAAUUAUGAUAGAAUUUAAAUAUUA